AGUACGUGUGUUCCUUGGAACAAGCGUACAAUACUACUCUCGAACACCUAGUUCCUCUCCUGCUCUCUACUCCCUUCUAGGGUUGUGUUGUGGGCAAAUUGGGGGCACCGCUGUACACAUCAAUUAUCCCAGACAACCAGAGUACACAAACUAACUAGCUAGCUAGUUAGUUUGCACCACCUUUGCGCCUUUACCGUCCGCCGGCCGGUCGCCGUAUGGAGUUCAACGGCGGCGAGGGAGAGGGCGACAUCGACCUCAACCUCUCCCUGCAUCGGGCAUCGUCACCGGAGCCGCUUGGCUACUUCACCUGCACCUACUGCGACAAGAAGUUCUACUCCUCCCAAGCGCUGGGCGGCCACCAGAACGCCCACAAGUUCGAGCGCAGCGUCGCCAAACGCACGCGGGAGCUGGCCGCCGCGCGCCGCCACGGCCACGCGGGCCUGGUCGGCGCUGGCGAGGAGGCCAGCAGGAGAGGGAAGGACCCGACCAGCAAUGCCGCGGGGAGCUCUUCGCACAGGAGGGCGUCGUCGCCGGAGACAGCUCGCCGGGACCUCAUCACCGAGGAGAUCGAUCUGUCUCUCAAGCUCUGAUAUUACUGGAUCGAGAGAAGGGAAAAGCUUGUGGAAGAGGAAAAGGCAGCUUGGAAUAAAAUCCCAAUAAAUUCUUCUGUAUGUCUUUUUUGAAAAGCCAAUUCUUCUGUAUGUUGAUGUCCACAUCGAAACAUCCAUCUCUUCUGGUU